AUGCCGUCGGUGCCGACUUUGGAGACGAGUGUCUUGGAUUUACUGAAGCAUUUACGCUCUACCAUCUGCUGUGACUCUCGUUGCAACUUGCGAUGUGUAUUGCCAAUUUACCAGCGUCUUUUGAGUCCCCAUAAAGACCCUAUGGACAAUUCAGUUGAGUAUAAUCUACUGAAUAUACGUGAAAAGCUAUUGACUUGCAGUGAGUAUACAGACAUAAUUGACAUUGUGGAUCGCAUGGAUUACGUGAUUGAGCGCUGUUUGCGUCUCGAAUACAAUGUACAAGUAACAGUUCCUAUGAAGGAAGUGAUGCGACUGCUGGUGGCUUUAGCAGGUGGAGAAGAUGGAGAGACUUUUGUACUUGUGGACACGGUGGAGGUGCUAUAUGACGCUAGAAAGAAGUGCAUGGGCGAACGUAUUGGAAUGACUGACGUUGAGAUGGUGCGACGCUCAAAAUCGCUUUUUUGUAAGGCGCCAGUUCCGUUGGAAGCGAAAGCAUUCUUUUCGCAAAACUUGUUCAAUGGUUUUGGUAAUGGCAUAUCAAGCCAACAUGUCAGCCUGUGGUGCCCUGACGCAAGCAUUUCUGACGACAAAGAACUCCUCAAUAUAAUGUCAAAUAAGCGGACAAUGCACCGUUCUUGCAAUGCAACUUUUAACCGGGAGUGUUGUAGACAUGCUACGCCAUGUAUGAAGUCAACAAGACACGUGAAACGUUUGCCGCCUUGGAAGGAGGUGUGUUCGGAUGACAGCACUCAAGAAGUGCACUGUGGAGUAAUGGAACAGCCAGACUGGAGAGAGGCAAGCAGCAUGACAGAAAAUUCAUCGUGGUAUUCGGAUAGCUCAGGUGAUACUACUAAGCCCUGGGUAGCGCGGAUAUACGCAUGGGAGGACCUUGGAGAUCGAAUGGGAUUGCCGGAGGACUACUGUAGGCCACCGAUUGGUGAAGUAAAACAGUCACUUCACGACCUGGUGAUUCCCAAUGAAUUUGCUGGCAAGAGUCAUACCAAGGAAAUACUACUGGAAAUCCAUGAAGUAGAUCUAAUUGAGGAUGCGCUGCGAGCAUUGAGUGGAAUCGACUCGACAAUUUUCCGAAGACUCUUUCAGUCGGCAACAUUCCAGCUGCCGGGAAAGCACAAGCUGAAACUCCGUAACACAACUGUAUCGGCCACAUUGUCGGUUUUGAAGAUUUUUUGUAAAGCGGGCACUACGCUUAUGCGACUAGAGUUGUUAGCUAUUUAUUAUUCUCAAGAUUCUUCAAGAGGUGGGAAAACCCUUCAGGCAAUGGGAGACGCACUCCAGUUGUAUCUGUCAACACAUCGAGCCUUUGUAGAAAAAAUCACACAGGAAUGUCUGCCGUCGUUGGUAAUGGACCAAGAGAAUGAAGUUGUAUCUGUCACGAAGCUUGUGUGCAAGACUCGCAAACUGUGUAGCGUCCUGGAAUUUGUCGGGCAUGUAUUUGGUUGCGACGAGGUCGUAUUCUGGCCGUUACUGCAACAAGGCAAAUUUCCUCAUGGCGUUGCGCUACUCAAUCGUUUGCACCACCACAUAUCGUCUCUACGCGUGGAAGAUGCCGCAGGACACAUGCACGAGUUGACGAUAUGGUUUCUCGUUAAAGCGUGUUCACCGUUGCUGGCUGCAGUUUCCGACCUUGUGUCGUCAGGGAGGGUUGAUCAGGCGACGGAUCCAUUCGACGAGUUCAGAAUCACGACGUGGAGUAGACACUUGUUAGAAAAAGCCGCUACAGAAGGAGGGGACGGACUUUUUAGUGAUGAUCUAUCGGCCGACGCAAUUCAGAUGCUACCAGCGUUUCUGAAGAAUGUUGCUCCCCUUGUCGCUCACCUCAGUCAGGUCCAAGCGCUUUUACGAAGCGUAAAUGCUAUCACUUCUACCCACUUGUUGGUAAAUAUGCAACCUUUGUCCAUCUACACAUGCAGCAAGAAAGCUACUGAGCAUACAGAGGAGUGGCAAUCGAGUUUUGCUGAAGCCAUGGAUAUUCCACAUACACGCCGCACAGAAACUUGUAAGAGCACGUCGCAAAUGCCUUUUGAGACUAAGGAAGAACAAAUGCAAUGUUUUGUGCCCGAAGAUGUCAACGCGAAACGAAGCUCUCAGUUGCAGCAGACGAACAUGUUGGACCAGCAAAUAUUGGAAAAAAAGCAAUACGAUUUGCAAUGGGUUCACGAGAAGAACGCCAAUGGUGUGAGGCAAGGCGAGGAGGCAAAGGAAGCUGAGGCGGAUAAGGAGGCUUGUGGCCGUGAGGGCUUUCUAAACGAAUACUCAGCGCUGAUGCACAGUGCAGAAGACAGGAUAGAUUUAGCGAGAGCAAAUGAGGAGACAGGUGCAUGGACAUUAGCACUUAGAAGCGAAGGUGGCUCCUUCAUGAAAAUGGACAAGGAGGCAGAAAGCCACAGUGAGACGUUCACAGAUAAUUCUAGCACCCGGCGAGCUGUAGUGGAAGUGAACAAUCUUUUGAAAAACUGCAGCUCGAUAUCAGCGAAUAGUGAUGCCUGGAUAGCUUCUGGUAAAGUGAUUACGCAGCUUGAACGCCAUAGCUUCGGUAUUUUCAAGAGCCCAGCAUCAACUGUUAUGGCUUCUCGCAAAGCUUGUGUCCGCAUUUUAGACGAAUCGAGAGGAAUUGGGGCCUCUAUGUACGACACUUUGUACGGUGGAUCUGACGAAAUACCUACACCCAAAGACAGAUUUUGGCAGAGGGACGCCGAUGAUUGUGUACCAGCUAGCAUGACAGAUGAUGCUGGAAUGGAAGAAAGCAGCCAAGUUGUGGAUAUAACGACUGAUACUAUGCCACCCGCUGAGGUUACUGUGGAUAAAGAUGUCCAAAUGCAGGACGUAGCUCACGAUGAGGAACGAUAUGCAAGGUGGAGAAGCGAUUGCGGCGAAAGGCUAUCAUCUAAAGCAAGCGGAGAAGUGCCUUUGGAGUCUACGCAAGUAUCGCUUCCUCCGAUCCACCCUUUCUUUUCGAUGGCAAUCUCUCAAGAAGACUCUGAAGUGCUGACGCGGGCGCUAACUGAGAAUGCUUCUGAGGCCGAUUUUACUUCGUUUUCGUCGAUAGUAAACUCUUGCGUGGAAACACCCGUCCGUCUUGUUUCCCAAAAGCUAGAGCAAGUGGCGGUGGAUUGGUUUCGUAACUCUUUACAGGUGCUCGAGCAUCUGCGUUGGCUACGCAAAUUGAUGCUUAUGUCAGAAGGCCAUUGCAUGGAUAUCUUCGCGCGCGACUUUCUUCGUGGUUUAAACUCAGCUACUCGCGUAAACUGGGGGGCCGAUGACCGCCUUUCAUCGGCUCUCACUCUUGCUAUGAUUGAAGGAUCAGUGUCAAUGAAUGUCAUUGCACAGAACUUUCAUUAUAAGACUACUGCAGCUUUGUCGCGAGUAUUAUCUAGUCUAACGAUGACUCCGGCAGUGCCAGCUUUGCUCAAUGAACUGGAGUUAGUGUAUGGUGUCAAAUGGCCGCUGGGUUUGGUGAUCACAUCCCGCUCUCUGAAUGACUACAAGCAAAUGCACCAAUUUCUUCUUCAUAGAAAGCUAUCACCAGCACUGGAGCGAUUGUGUCGAGGUGCUAUCUACAAAAUGCAGGCAUUCCUCCGAGCAUUUAACGAAACGUUUGCGGCAAAGGUGCUAAUGUCGGCAUGGUCGGAGCUCGAGUAUGCAUUAGAGAAGGCGACAACAUUAACAGAACUACGUCGCUGCCACGAAGAAUACGUAUCCGUUGCACUUUGCUGCUGUUUCCUCGAUACGCCUGUAUUGGCAAUCCGCUCUGCAAUAUCCGCCACGCUCGCCGCAGCCUGGAAAUUGACGGGAUUCAUACGUGGUUUGGAGCGACAAGUAGCCGAACGAGCUUCAGACGAUAGUUGCAUGCGCGCAUUGUGCGGUCAAUUAGACGUCACUCUCGGAGUACUGGUUGGCCGCCUUCACAACGUUACUCGCGAUGCAGAACAAAACACACGAAAGUUUUCCGAGUGUCUUCUCCUCCGGCUAAAUUUCAACCAGUAUUACUCCACAGAGGAUAUCCCGGUAGCCGUUUCAGCUUCAGUACAGCGAGAAAGUCCCCAUAGUUGA